UAAGAUGGUCUCGGGGAGGAGAUUGAACGCUGGACGGUCAAAGCCAAGGGCAUCUGACGGCUGUCCGGGCGGCCGGUCGGUGAAUCGGAUCGCCCUGGCGGACGCGUAGCGUGUCCCAUUCAAUAUCGCGGUUCGCUAAUUCCCCUGUUUUUCUCGAGCCAACAGGCAGUAAACAAAUUCGAGUGGGCGACGAGGAUUUAGUAGUCGCCCGCUCGCGUUUCUUGGAAUCGGCUCCGGAGGAAUUCGAAGCGGGCCUUCCGAAUCUCAAUCCAAUCGCCCUUUCGUCUGCUUCCCCCGGAGCUGCCAUCACCCCGUUGAUCGUUUUGAGCUCCCCGAUUCGCCCAAUUCGGUUCGAAUUCGGGCCGAAUUGGUGCUUACAAGGGUCGAAUCGGGUUUUUUUAUUAGCUCGUUGAGUUGUUUGGGCGGAAGUUCUUCGAUCGGAAAUUGAGCCUUCCACGCAUGGUACAGAUCUUAAUACUUGAUUCUACCAGGGAAAUGCAAUAGCAAAGGCGAAUAUAAAUAAUGGAGCAUGAUGGAGGGAAAGGAAAAGAGGGGUAGAAGAUUUCGUAAAGUGUUUCGCGGGAUGGCGAUGCAAUGCCUGUGCACCGGGGAGCAGAUGAAUGAGGUGGUCCGGUCAAAUGGUGAAGUCGAGUUGCAAGGCAACAAUGAAGAUAUUGAGGAAGCUCAGUUGUCCCUUCAGGAGGGCGGUUCCCUUAACUAUGAGGAAGCAAGGGCAUUGCUAGGCCUAGGAAGAGUAGAAUACCAACAGGGGCAUUUUCAGGAAGCACUUCGUAUGCUGGAUGGGAUAAAUAUUCCUGCAUUACUUCCUAAGGUGAAAUUAUUUAUCAGUAGACUAGAAAGGGCUGAUCCAUACUCCACUUAUCCAUCAAUGCCCUUGCUUAAUCUAACAAUGGAGACUGCAUAUCUCAAAACUGUAGCACUCCGCGAUCUUGGGAAGUUCAAAGAAGCUGCGCAGGAGUGUAGUACAAUACUGGACGUUGUAGAAUCGGUACUGCCUAAGGGUUUACCGGCCAACUUUGGAGAUAGUAACCUGAAUGCAACAAUAUGCAGUGCCGUCGAGUUGCUUCCUGGGCUAUGGAAAUUAGGGGAUUUUUAUCCUGAAGCUCUCUCUUCAUAUAGGAGGGCUCUUCUUUGUAACUGGAACCUCGAUGCAAGGACCAUUGGUAGAAUACAGAAGGAGCAUGCUAUUUUCCUCCUAUACAGUGGCUGUGAGGCCUGCACUCCAACUCUUCGAUCCCAGCUGGACGGUUCAUUUGUACCUCGGAACAAUUUAGAAGAAGCUAUUCUUCUUUUGAUGAUUUUAUUGCUGAAAUUCAACCUUAAGAGGCUUGAGAGGGAUCCAACUGUGAUGCAUCACUUGACAUUUGCAUUGUCCAUGUCAGGGCGGUUAAAACCUCUAGCUUCUCAGUUUGAAAAACUAUUACCUGGUGUGUUACACGGAACAGAGUGGUUGUACAAUGUUGCAUUGUGCUAUCUAGCAGAAGAAGAUGAUCUAUCCGCCCUUAAUCUGCUCAAAAGGAUUUUAAAGUUUGGAGAGGAUUCCAAUUGUCUCAGAGAACUUCUUCUAGCUUCAAAAAUUUGUAGUGAGAACAGUGCAUAUGCUGAAGAAGGUGUCUCAUAUGCACGCAGAGCCCUCGCUAAUCUAGAUGGAGGUUGUGAGCAAUUGGAGGUAGUCGCAGACCUUUUCCUUGGCAUUUCCCUAUCCUCUCAAGCUAGAUAUGCUUCGAAUGACACACAGAGAGCUUCUUGGCAGCGCGAAGCACUGCAGGUGUUUGGUGUUGCUAGAAAGAAGAUGCAAUGCAGAGAUUUCAGGGUACUGUACAAUCUCAGCCUAGAAAAUGCUGAGCAGAGGAAAUUGGAUGCAGCAGCUCUUUAUGCGAAGAAGCUACUGAAAUUGGAGGCUGGAUCAGAAUUGAAGAGUUGGCUUCUUAUAGCUCGGAUAAUGAGUGCUAAAAAACAGUUUGACGACGCUGAAUCCAUUGUGAAUGCGGCCCUUGAUCAGACUGGGAAGUGGUGUCAAGGUGAGCUGUUGCAAACCAAAGCCAAAAUACUGGCCUCAAAGGGGCAAGUUAAGAAGGCAGUUGAGACUUAUACCAAGCUUCUUGCUGUCAUCCAACUUAGGACGAAAAGUUCCGGGGCUGGGAUUUUCAUGUUGCAGGGCACGGAGGAUGAUAGAACUAUGGAAACAGAGACAUGGUAUGAUCUGGCCCUUUUGUACCUAAGCUUGUCAGAAUGGAGGGAUGUAGAGCUUUGUGUAUCGAAAAUAAAAGCUAUCAAUCCAUAUUCUCCCUUGGCCUAUCAUGCCACAGGAAAGCUACACGAAGCAAAAGGUUUCCUGACGGAAGCUCUUGGAGCAUACUCCAGAGCACUAGACAUCGAAUCCAAGCAUGUACCGAGUAUGAUAUCAGCUGCUGUUGUUCUUGGACAGCGUGGAGGCAGGUCCUUGCCUGCUGCAAGGUGCUUCUUGGCUGACGCGUUGAGACUGGAGAGAACAAGCCACGUUGCGUGGUUUAACCUCGGCUUGACCUACAAAGAUGAAGAGGGCAGGUCAGCAGCACUUGAAGCUGCUGAAUGUUUUCAGGCUGCUGCUCUUCUCGAAGAAACUGCCCCAGCUGAAUCUUUCAGAUGACAACCGUAUUAUUUGAGGAAAUAAUAAAACUGCGAGCAUGUAGAUCACACAUUUAGGAUGAUUAGUGGAUUGUGCAAAAGACGUAUAGUAUACACGGUACAUAAAAUAGUAAAAGUACAAACACAUUAUACAGCCAUUUUGGAAUUAUAGCAUGACACACUUCCCUGUCAGUUCUUGUAUAACAGCCAACUUGUUGCUUUUGUGAUUUUUAUAUGGCGUGGUGGUGUUUUAAAAAGGUUCACUGUAAUUUGGAAAGAGCUUGCACAAAUGAAAUCUUUGUCUUGUUCA